UUUUAGAUGCAACCCCGGCGCUGGGGCGUACAGUAUAUAAACCAAACAUACUUCCUGCUACACCACUGUAGGUGAGCCUGUUGGAUGAAGCUGUCAGAGCAAAAGGACUUCUACAUGUGCUGUUAUCAUCUCUGACUUCAUCAACAUGAAGUUAUCUCUGGUUUUACAGCAUUUGCUGCUGUUUAUAUCAGUCCUGCCACUGACCAACCAACAACCAACUCCUUUUCAAACAACAUUGCCAGAAACUACCACCCCUGACUUAGCAGCAACCACCACAAUGACAACCACCACAUAUCCAUCAGAAUACACCCCAUUGCCAACCAGCACAGUUCCACCAGACAGCACCCUAUUGCCAACCACCACAGUUCCAACAGAAAACACCCCAUUGCCAACCACCACAGUUCCACCAGUUGUUGCAACAACCUCUGCACAGCCAUGGACAGCUCCUGCAAUAUUUUAUCCAUUCGGCUCAGCUGUAGGAGACACUGAACUAAACGUUAAUUACGAUAUAAACCAAUAUCUUGUUACUCUUUCGACUCCAUUUUCAUUCUUUGGCCGCACAUACAACAGCUUAUACGUUCUUUAUAAUGGACUCCUUGCAUUCACGCUAUCUCCAGAGAUAAUGCCUGACGCUAACCCCUUCAUAGGAACUGAUGAUUUCAUUGCUCCGCUCUGGAAUGACUAUGAUGACUAUUACCUUGGGAUGAUUUCAUUUCAGCAGUACACAGAUUUAAAUAUGCUCGUCCGUGCUAGUCAGGAUGUAAACCAGCAUUUCUCUACAACAAACUUCCAAGCUUCUUGGGUCUUUGUUGUCACUUGGAAUUAUGCCUCUCAGCCAAACCCGCAAAUCCUGUUUCAAGCAGUUUUAAUUUCAGGCAGUGGUGGCACCUUUUUUCUGUUCAAUUAUGGUGACUGUGCUGUGUUAUUUGACGGAACAGAGGCUGGAUACGACACAAUAAAGUCCACAUACAAGUUUGUGAUUCCUGAUUCAAUUACCAACUACCAAAACCUCAAGAGCACAACUAAUGUAGGCGUUCCCGGUCGCUGGGCCUUCAACGCAUAUGCAGCUCCGGCGAUAUUCUAUCCAUUCGGCUCGGCUGUAGGAGACACUGAACAUCCUGGCUAUGACAGCUCAUAUCCUGUUGCCCUUUCAGCCCCAUUUACCUUCUUUGGCCACACGUACAACAGCUUAAAUGUUUUUUAUAAUGGACUACUAACAUUCACAUUGUCGCCAGCAUUAACACCUGACUCUAAUCCCUUUGGAGGAACAGAUGAUUUAAUUUCUGGAAUAUUUAAUGACUAUGAUGAAUAUUACAAUGGCUUUUACUCAUAUCAGGAGUACACAAGUGGAAGUGUGCUCGACCGCGCCACUCAGGAUAUAAACCGAAAUUUCUUUCCAGCAAACUUCGAUGCUUCCUGGGUCUUUGUAGCCACUUGGAGGUACAAUCUACAGCCAAAUCCGACAAUCCUGUCACAAGUGGUUUUAAUUUCCGGUGGUAACUGGACUUUCUUUCUGAUGAAUUUUGGAGACUGUGAUGUGGUGCUUUAUGAGCAAGUAAAGGCUGGAUAUGACACAAUAAACUCUGUGAACAAAUUUGUAAUUCCUAAUUCAGAUACUAACUACCAAAACCUUAAGAGCACAACUAAUGUUGGUGUUCCCGGUCGCUGGGCCUUCGUCUCAAACAAAGGAUAUGAAAAUAUUAUAGGAACUCAAUUUAAAAUCAAAUCGUUUUUAGACCUGACACAGAGUGAUAAUCUGGAGGCUGUUCUGCAGCAAAUAAAACAAGAACUGGUCAACCGUGGGCUGUCAGGUAAAUUCGAGUUAAUGAAAAGAAAGGUCGAAAAGGUGCCAUUAAACACUAUACUGAUGACCACGUCAGUCUAUACAACAACAGCAACUGCAUGGGCAGCCCCAGCAAUAUUCUAUCCAUUCGGCUCAUCAGCGGGAGACAUUGAACAUCUUGAAUUUGACAAUGACUCCUUUCAAUAUGUGGAUUUCUCUGCUCCAUUUACAUACUUUGGCCGCAAGUACAGCAGCAUAUAUGUUAAUUAUAAUGGACUCCUUACUUUCAACCAGUCUUUAACAGAAUCUCACCCUGAACCCUUUCCCACAUAUGGAAAUGAAGAUUACAUUGCUGCGCUCUGGACUGACCUUGAUGACAUUGGUAUUGGCAAAUAUUGGUAUCAGGAGUACACAAAUGGAAGUGUGCUCGACCAGGCCACUCAGGAUAUAAACCAGUAUUUCCCUAACAGGGGCUUCACUGCUUCUUGGGUCUUUGUUGUCACAUGGGACUAUGUGCUUACAUGGGAUAUGAAUGCAUAUGAUCGUCAUUCAGACCCACCAAUCACAUUUCAAGUAGUUUUGAUUUCAGGAGGUGGUUUUUCUUUCAUGAUGAUGAAUUACGGUGACUGCGCCGCAAUAUCUUAUCCAGUGGAGGCUGGAUAUGAUACCAUAAACUCCACUGAUUACCAUGUCAUUCAUUAUCAUUCUAAUGGCUCCUACAUCCCAAACCUCAAAAACACGACUAAUGUAAAUGUUCCUGGUCGUUGGGCUUUUCUUGUGAACAAUGGGACAGAAAACGUCAUAGGACUUCAAAUGAAACUUGGGUCAUAUUUAGACCUAACCCAGACUCAAAACAUUGAGAGUGUUUUACAGCUAGGUGCGUCCCGCUUUCCCUCAACAUUUCUAAUAGGCAAAGAAGAAUUGACUUACCACAGCAGCUGAAGAUCGAAUAGAAGAUCCAAACCUCUUGCUUGAUAUGAAUCCAUUUUGUGCUGGAAAGACGUAACUCGCCUGAGUUGGGAGAUCACGGAGAUGGGUCACCAUUUUGUAAGGUCCACCCAGUUGGCCCAAUGCCGGUGUCCACUGGUGGAUGAAGGUUUAAUGCCUGUUCGGUCUUUC